AUGGAGACAAGCCCAGACAGGUUCUUCUUCCCGGGAAACCACUGGCUGUACUUCUCUGUGUACCUCUUCUCCUUCCUUGUGGGGCUCCCACUCAACCUGAUGGCCCUGGUGAUCUUCGUGGGCAAGCUGCGGCGCCGCCCGGUGGCGGUGGACAUUCUCCUGCUCAACAUGACCCUCUCGGACCUGCUCCUGCUGCUCUUCCUGCCGUUCCGCAUGGUGGAGGCGGCCAGUGGCAUGCGCUGGCCGCUGCCCUUCAUCCUCUGCCCCCUGUCCGGGUUCCUCUUCUUCACCAGCAUCUAUCUCACGUCCCUCUUCCUGGCAGCCGUGAGCACUGAGCGCUUCCUGAGCGUGGCCUACCCGAUGUGGUACAAGACGCGGCCCAGGCUGGGCCAGGCUGCCCUGGUCAGUGGCAUCUGCUGGCUCCUGGCGGCUUCUCACUGCAGCGUGGUCUACGUCGCUGAAUUCUCUGGGGACCAAUCCCACAGCCAGGGAUCCAACGGGACCUGCUACCUGGAAUUCCGGGAGGACCAGCUGGCCUUUUUGCUGCCCGUCCGGCUGGAGAUGGCCGUGAUCCUUUUUGGGGUGCCCCUGCUCAUCAGCGGUUUCUGCUACAGUCGCCUCGUGUGGAUCCUCAGCAGGGGGAGCAGCCGGCGCAGGCGCAGGAGGGUGGUGGGGCUCGUGGUGGCCACGCUGCUCAACUUCCUCGUGUGCUUUGGGCCCUACAACAUGUCCCACGUGGUGGGCUACAUCGAGGGUCAGAGCCCCACCUGGAGGAGUUACGUGCUGCUCCUCAGCACCCUGAAUUCCUGUGUGGACCCCCUUGUCUACUAUUUCUCAUCAUCUAGGUUCCAAGCCGAUUUCAAGGAGCUGCUGGGGAGGCUGAUGGGCGGCUGCAGCCCUUGGAGGCUGGAGGUUAGUGUGGAGCUGAAGGUCAAGGGUGGAGGAGAGGGGCAGGUGCAGGACUGUGCAACCUAG